AUGGCCAGCAGGGUCCCCGGCACAUCGCCAGCGAUCCUCGCAGCGCCUUCCGGUGAGGUGGACCGCCUCGACCCGCCAAAGUGGAACCCACCCUUGGCGGCUUGGUUUCGUUUCCUGCGGUCGCGCCGUAGCGCUGUCUGGGGCCCGGACCACCUCCAAAACAAGUGCCUGGGCCACCCCAGGAAAACCUGA